UGUAGUUUCGCGGUAGACAUGCCAAGGUACUGCGCGGUAAAAGUUUGCAGGAACCGCGGGGGGACUGCGCCCAAGCAAGAAAACAAGAGAAUCAGCUUUUAUCCAUUCCCCUUGCAAGACAAGUCUAGGUUACAGAGAUGGGUGGACAACAUGAAACGUGAAGAGUGGACUCCGAGCCGACACCAGUACCUGUGCAGUGAACACUUCACAGAGGAUUGCUUUGAUAUCCGUUGGGGGAUUCGCUACCUUAAGAACACCGCUGUACCCACAAUUUUCCCUUCCACCCAAGAUGAUGAGAAAAAAGCCACUUCCAGCAGAAGGACUCCUAAGGUCAAAGCCAGAACAUGUGACGCUGACACCACCUGGAAUGACUCUUGUUCCAACAAAAAGCCACUCAUUCUGACCAGGGCAGUGAAGGCAAGCCAGUCAACCAGCACAACUAGAAACCCUCUCUGUGAAGACCAACAGACAGUAGAUUCCAUUCAAGUUGGUCUCAUUGAAUUACCGCUGGCUUCAGAUCUGAGUACCUGCCCUGGCAGUAUGUCACUUGAUGGAGCCUUACAAUCAGAGUUUCAGACUCUUGCCUCCUGUGAACUACAAGGUGAUAAUGGUUUGCCUAAGACGUCCUGCCUUUCACUGUCCCAUGGUGACGAGCUCCAUCCUCAAAGCAAAGCCGACUCCACAGUGACAGUGUUAUGCUGUGAAUCACUGGGUUCUCUCUCAGAUGGUGAGGCCACCUUGGACAUGGCCGCCCUGCAAGCAGAAUCGGGGCAAGCUUUUAGCUUUGUUCCCAUGGAACUGAUCAAGGGAAUAUCUGUAGAUUGUGUCUUGGAAGGCAGGGGACACAAUGACGGAGAGCAUGUUUCUGUGUAUGAGCACUCAUACUGCAGACCUGACACGGACAAAGAGCAACUUUGGAGUAAGAUCGUGAGUUUGCGCACUAAAAUCUUGGAACUAGACCGCAGGGAGGAAAGCACUGUGGCAAAAAUCCGUGCCCUGGAGAAUGAGAUAGUACACCUCAAGAGGGACAGUGCUGUCUUUGAAGAAAAGCAGAAGGUAUUAGAAGAUUAUAUAUCAUCAGUACUACUCUGA